AAAAGGAAAAAAAUGACUGGUUCUCAGGGACUAUUGACAUUCAUGGAUGUGGCCAUAGAAUUCUCUCUGGAGGAGUGGGAAUGCCUGGACCCUACUCAGCGGAUGUUGUACAAGAAUGUGAUGUUAGAGAACCACAGAAACCUGGUUUUUCUGGGCCUUGCUGUCUCUAAACCAGACCUGAUCACUUGUCUGGAGGAAAGGAAAGAACCCUGGAAUGUGAAAAGACACAACACUUUAGCCAAGCCUCCAGACCCUGGUGAUCACCUUUCUACUUUCUGCCUCUCUGUGACUUCUCAUUACACCAAAGGACUUUUGCAAGAGAAGAGCACAGAAGAGUCACACACAAAGGUGCCACUGAGAAUCCAUACUGGAGAGAAGCCCUAUAAAUGUGAAGAAUGUGAAGAAGCCUUUAAUCGGUACUCACAUCUUAUUCACCAUCAGAGAAUCCAUACUGCAGAUAAACCCUACAGAUGUCAAGUAUGUGACAAAGCCUUUGAUCAGUACUCAAAUCUUAUUGCUCAUCAGAGAUGUCAUACUGGGGAGAAACCCUACAUCUGUGAAGAAUGUGGUAAAGCCUUUCGCUCUCAUGAAGGAUUUGCUGGACAUUUGACCAUCCAUACUGGGGAGAAACCCUACAAAUGUGAAGAAUGUGGCAAAGCCUUUUGCUCCCAUUCAAACCUUGCUCGACAUAUCAAGAUACAUACUGGGGAGAAACCCUACAAAUGUGAAGAAUGUGGCAAAGCCUUUCCCUCUUCUUCAGAACUUGCUAGACAUAUGAAGAUCCAUACUGGAGAAAAACCUUACAAAUGUAAAGAAUGUAGCAAAGCCUUCCGUUCUUACUCAGGAUUUGCUGGACAUAUGAGAAUCCAUACUGGAGAGAAACCUUACAUAUGUAAAGAGUGUGGCAAAGCCUAUUGCUCUUAUUCGGGACUUGUUGCACAUAUGACCACCCAUACUGGAGAGAAACCUUACAAAUGUGAAGAAUGUGGCAAAGCCUUUUGCUCCCAUUCAAAUCUUGCGCGACAUAUCAAGAUACAUACUGGGGAGAAACCCUACAAAUGUGAAGGAUGUGGCAAAGCUUUUCCUUCUUAUUCAGGACUUGCUAGACAUGUGAAGAUCCAUGCUGGAGAGAAACCAUACAAAUGUAAAGAAUGUGGCAAAGCCUUUCACUAUCAUUCAAGACUUGCUGAACAUACGAGGAUCCAUACUGGAGAGAAACCCUACAAAUGUGAAGAAUGUAACCAAGCCUUUCAUUCUCAUUCAUUACUUGCUCGACAUACAAAGAGCCAUACUGGAGAGAAACCCUACAAAUGUAAAGAAUGUGACAAAGCCUUUUUUUCCCAUUAUAAUCUUGCUCGACAUAUUAUGAUCCAUACUGGAGAGAAACCCUACAAAUGUAAACUAUGUGACAGAUCCUUUUGUUCCCAUUAUAAACUUGCUCGACAUUUUAAGAUCCAUACUGGAGAGAAGCCUUACAAAUGUGAAGAAUGUGACAAAGCCUUUUGUUCCCAUUAUAAACUUGUUCGACAUAUUAAAAUCCAUAUUGGAGAGAAACCUUCCAAAUGUGAAGAAUGUGGCAAAGCUUUUCGCUCUCAUUUAGGACUUGCUAAACAUACAAGGAUCCAUACUAGAGAGAAACCCAGCAAACAUGAAGACUGACAAAACUUUUAGUCAGUACUCAAAUCCUAUUCAACAUCAAGAAAUCCAUACUAGAGGGAAACCCUACAAAUGUAAAGAAUGUGGCAAAGCCUUGUACUCUCUUAGAGGACUUGCUGGACAUAUGAGAAUCCAUACUGGAGAAAAACCAUACAAAUGAGAGGAAUGUGAGAAAGCCUUUAGCUCUCACUCAAAACUUGCUUGACAUAUGAGCAUACAUACAUAGGGAAACCCUACAGAUGUGAAGAAUGUGGCAAAUGUUUUCACUGUUAUUCCAAGUUUUGCCAACAUCAGAAAAUUUAUACUUGGUAAAUUUUAUAUAAACGUAAUGACUGAAAAAUUAUCAGCCUAUGAGCCAUAAAGAACAUAUGGCAAGAAGCUUUACAGGUGUAAAGAGUACUGUUGCCUGUACUCAUACCACAAAUACUUUGAAUGUACAAAUGUAAAGAAUAUCUAAUGCCAUUAACUGUAGCUAAAACUUUAUUUGAUAUUAGGUAAUUUGCAUUGGAGAGAACCUCUACAAAUUUAAUGAAUGUGGAAUGAUGUGUGUUCAAAAUAUAUGCCAUAGAAAACACCGGGGUAUUCAGACUGAAAACUUUACAGAUGCAAUAUAUGUGGAAAUUUAUUUGAUCAAAAGUCAAGUUUAAAGAAACAUCAGCACAUUCACUGAGUAAACCUUUAUGGCACUCAUAUGUUCAGAUAGUAUACUAAAUAAGUCAAAAUCAAAACAAUUAGAUUAUUUGCUUACAUGUUGAAUAGCAUUAGAAGAUUGAUUUUAUUUUAGGAAAGCAUAAGUAUAUUCCACAUUUACUUUUGCAUUGACAGAAUUUGAGGAUAUUUUGAAAAACAAAUUAUUGGUGUAACUCAGCUCUCAACUCACUUGAUGCUGUGCCUUUGUUUCUAGUGUAAAAGCAUGUAAUCAGUUGUUGCUACAUUAGAGCUGUGAUAAGCCCUUCUAUACUAGGUGAGCAUCAGUCACCUCCACCUUUCCAUGGAGGAUGAAGAACACUGAUAUGUAAUCUGUGUCGAAACAUCUCACUGGAGAGGUUUUUUUGUGGCUCACAUUGAGCAUUGUUGUAAGUCCUGCAUGAGGUGGGUGCUCAGGGUAACGUUUUUUGGCACUGGAAUAAAAGACAAGCAUUGAGAGUGUUGGAAAUUAGUUGUCUCACCAGUUGCAUUUUAAGGUUUAAAUGAGGCCAGACCGUUAAUAUUUUGAUGCAUCUUUGUAGUAUCAAUACUUACAAGCUCUAAGUGUUAUUUGAUAUGGUAUAAAUAUAGAUAUUUUUAUAACAUCAGAGAAAAGAUAAUUGCUCCCCUAGGAGAUACAUAUUGUAAGUUUAUGUGUAAUAAAUAAUUAGCUUCAGUUUUAAAAACUGAAGUAAGCUGCACUGCACUCACAUUUCUCGCUGUCAGAAGAACAGAAAUGCUUCUUGAAAGCUGACUCUGUUUUUGCUAGCAAGCAAACAGUAAACUUUGAAAUGUUUAUUUAGGCUAUGUAAACUUAAUUUGUUUUAAUAAACAGAAUUGUUUCUAAAACAUUAA